GCCUGUACGGAGGUCAGGAAGAUGGAGCGAGGCUCUGGAGGAGGCGAAAGGGGAUAAAGCCCGGGCGGCAGGUGGGUUCGGCUGCCAGAAAGGAUGCAAAACGAUAGUAACGAUCUCAAACCAGCCUUGCACUCAACAAAGGAGCGUCCAGGCAAAGGGAUGAAGAAGGAGCAAGUGCUGAACUGUCAGUUUUCAUUCUGGUACCCUCAUUUCAAGAGUCAGACCAUCCGCAGUAUCAUACUGCCACUGCCUCAGAAUGUAAAAGAUUAUUUGCUGGAUGACGGAACCUUGGUGGUUUCAGGAAGGGAAGAUCCGCCAACAUGUUCCCAAGAUGAUGAUGAUGGGGAAGAGGCAGAGGAAAUACAGUGGUCUGAUGAUGAGAAUACUACAACACUUACGGCACCAGAAUUCCCUGAGUUUGCACUUAAAGUUGAAGAAGCAAUUGGCUCACUGGGAGGCAGUGUCUUUCCUAAGCUUAACUGGAGUGCUCCAAGGGAUGCUUACUGGAUAGCACUGAAUAGUUCACUGAAAUGCAAAUGUCUCAGUGACAUCUUCCUACUUUUCAAGAGUUCAGACUUCAUUACUCGAGAUUUCACUCAACCAUUUAUCCAUUGUAAUGAUGAUUCUCCUGAUCCUAAUUUGCAAUAUGAGCUUGUACUCCGAAAAUGGUGUGAAUUGAUUCCUGGGGCAGAAUUCAGAUGCUUUGUGAAGGAAAACAAGCUUAUAGGUAUAUCUCAGCGAGACUACACUCAAUAUUAUGAGCACAUCUCAAAACAAAAAGAAGAGAUCUGUAGACUCAUACAAGAGUUUUUCAAGAAACACAUCCAGUAUAAGUUUUUUGAUGAAGACUUUGUGUUUGAUAUCUACAGGGACAGCAUGGGUAGAGUGUGGUUAAUUGAUUUUAAUCCAUUUGGCGAGGUAACAGAUUCUCUACUAUUCAUGUGGGAGGAGCUGAGGUCUGGAAAUGGUUUGAAAGAUGACGAGAGUGAAGGUGGAGCCAUGGAACAGGACUAUCCGUCAUUCCGUUGUACAAACAGCAACCUUACUGUUCAGCCUAGCCCCUAUCUCAGCUACAGGCUGCCCAAAGAUUUUGUAGACCUUUCCACUGGGGAAGAUGUUCACAAAUUAAUUGACCUGCUCAAACUGAAACGAAAUCAACAAGAUGAUGAAGAAUCAUGAAAUGCGGGAUGAAAUUGGAAUAAGAAACAAGGCUACAACUUCAUGGGGAAAGAGCAUUUUUGACACCACAAGCUCUGAGAAUAUUAGCUUUUUUAUAUUAUUCCCACAACCUCGAGAUAAUUCUGAUCUUGUGUGGGCGCUUCAUUGAAUAAAUCUGUUUGAAGCUGA